AUGUCCUGCUAUGACCUGUGCCCCACCAACAUCGGUGGCAUCAGCCGUCCCCAGCCCAUCGCUGACAGCGGGAAUGAGCCAUGCAUCCGGCAGUGCCCUGACUCCACAGCUGUGAUCCAGCCACCUGCUGUUGUUGUCACCUUCCCUGGUCCCAUCCUCAGCUCCUUCCCCCAGGAUUCAGUUGUGGGAUCCUCCGGAGCACCUGUCCUUGGGGGCUCCUCCCUGGGCUACGGAAGGUCUUCCCUGGGCUCUGGGGGCCUGUAUGGCUAUGGGGGCUCCUCCCUGAGCUCUGGGGGCCUGUAUGGCUAUGGGGGCUCCUCCCUGAGCUCUGGGGGCCUGUAUGGCUAUGGGGGCUCCUCCCUGGGCUCUGGGGGCCUGUAUG